CGUCUCUCCUCGCGUCUGGCUUGGCAGUAUGCAGAGAACGGUUCAUAAAGCGCGCCAUGGCCCGCAGGAAGGCGGGCGGACGCGUGCUCACCCGUCGCGAUGCUGGCUCUUCGGCUUCUCCCCUUCGUUGCCGCCGGCUUCUUGCUCUUACCCCAAAACGUUUGGGCCGACCCAACGUACAACAGCUCCGAGCUCUGCGCUCAGACGUGCUACACGGCGAUCGCGGCGGUGACGUUCUCGGAUUACAGCAAGACCGAUACGUACGUGGGCGAGUCGUGUCACUCGACGUUGUCCGUGUCGUCCAUCUACGCCUGCUUCGACACCUAUUGUACCCAGUACACAGCCGCGGAGUCGUUCGCGUACACGAACAACUACUGCACGGAAUAUGGCCUGUCCCCUCUUUCCAUGAGCUACGAGGAAGGCGAAGAGUACAUUGAGGCUCACUAUGGGAGCGCCGCCAACGUCACAGUCAUCGACCCACGACUCGUGUUGACGGCGAACGAAACGGUUAUCCCCGUCGAGGCAUACUUCGCUCUCGCUCGUGAUACUCUUGCUAUAUGGCAACACCAGGAGUAUGUCCACCACUCCUUCGGAUGGUCGAUGUACGUCCUCGCCGUCGGUGUAAUCCUUGUCGGAGUCUCCAACCGCAUCUUCGCCUUCGUCGUCCAUCGCACCAUGACACGGUCGGGUCCACUCGCUGACGUCGAGCGCACCAAAGGCGGCAAGCCUGUCGUGCCCAACCGGGAUUUCUUCACGCGGAUCCACAACCUCUGGACGAAGCACAUCACGCUUCCCGCAACUUUUGGCUACCGUCACAGUCAGCCGUGGGCGUUCUGCACGAUCCCGACGCGCCUGCAGUCCAUCCUGGUGUUCGUCUACGUUGCGUUGAAUUUCAUUUUCUGCGCUGUCGACUACCACGCCUUCGAGGGGAACACGUAUUGGACGAAACCCGCUUCGCAGCUCUCGCGCUACGUGGCGGACAGGACGGGCAUCAUCUCAUACGCCAACCUGCCACUGCUCUGGUUGUUCGCCGGACGCAACGACUUGCUUCUCUGGCUGACUGGCUGGUCAUUCUCGACGUUCAAUGUCUUCCAUCGAUACGUGGCAAGGGUGGCUACAGCGGAGGCGAUCGCCCAUUCGGUCGGUUAUACCGCCUUCUCCUACAUUACGUACGAAGGCUGGUCGGACUACAAGGAGUCGCUGAAAGAGCAAUACUACGCCACGGGCAUUGGGGCGACCGUUUUGAUGUCCGUGCUCAUUGGGCUCUCCAUGCAACCCAUCCGUCGCUAUUGCUACGAGUUCUUCCUCGUGACGCACAUCACCUUCUCAAUUGCCAUCAUCGUGCUGCUCUUCUACCACACCAAGAUCUUCGACGGCGACUACAACGGCUACCUCUGGCCUUGCGUCGGUUUCUGGGUGUUCGACCGCAUCAUUCGCCUGAUCCGCAUCGUCAUGCUCAACUGGCGCGUCUUCUAUUCCAACGACGACCGGUUGAAGCGCAACAAGGCCACCGCGGUGUACGACCCCGAGGGUGACAUCAUACGGCUGACUGUUCGACCGUCGAUGAACUUCUGCGUCGGCGCGGGCAUCCACUACUACAUCUACACGCCCACGCUGUCCUUCAUGUUCUGGGAGAACCAUCCGUUUACCCUGUCUGCGUGGCGGAACAUCCCAGUCGCCGCCGGCGCGGAGGCUGGUGCUGGAGAGGGCGAGGUCGAGGAGAUCCAGCAGAUUCGUCACCAACCUGCCUCGGGCGGCACCGAAACUUCAACGGACUCGAGGGAAGGUUCGAUCAUCUCCAAGGCAGGUGUCAGCGCGCCCGUCUCAAGCUCGUCGCAGCAGGAACUAGUCUUCAUCAUCCGUCCGUACAAGGGCAUGACGAAGGGCCUCAAGAACCAGCUGCUGAAAGCACCCGGACACCAGAAGGAUCUCGUUGUCCUGCUCGAGGGCCCUUACGGAACUAAGGCCGACUUGGCGUCGUACGAGCGGACUCUCAUGAUCUCUGGAGGCAGCGGCGUCACUGGCAUCACGUCUUACCUAUGCGAGCACGGCGCGCACGCGAGCGGCAGGUAUACUCGGUUCGUCUGGGCCGCCAGGGAAGAGUCCUUCGUGUCGGAUGUUCUCGAGAAGGACCUCGCGCCGUUCGUCGACCGCGACGAUGUUGCGCUCGACUUCUACCUUACGCGCCCCGGCUCCCAGAGCUCGAGUGGUGGCAAGAAGUCUGGCGUUGAGGCGACGAUUGCGAAGCUCUCGGCGCGUGCAGGAUCCGGGAAUGGCCCUAGGGUUACAUACCGGAAGCCCAACGUCGCCGAGCUGUUAGACUACGAGAUUGGGCAGCUACUAUCGAGAGAGAGUCGGCUGGCUGUCGUCGUAUGCGGUCCGGAUGGGUUGGCCGACGACGUGCGGAGAGAGGUUGUCCGGAGUAUUGGUGUCAAGAUCGAUGCGUCGAGGAUCGAGUUGUAUGAGGAGAGUUUCGGGUGGUAAGCGUACUGACCUGUUUCUGAUUGUUCUGCGACUUUUGGUGGACCUGUUAUGCUAAAAUCAUGAUGCCAUGAAUGCGAAGUUGAGGUAAUUGUAUCUACUAGUAGCGCUUACAGUUUGCUUACUACAGUAUCGCGAAUAGAAUGCCGUGUACGAGUCGGAGACUGAUACUACUAUCAUAGAAUGACAUUGAGAGCUCUGACUGCGA